UAUUCUUUGCUUGCACUGUGGUGGAGUUGAAACAACAAUUGUUGGACUGUCAGUCAGCAGUAACAUUUUCGUCCAACAUGAAGAUAUGCGUGUUUUUAAUUGAAUCAUGACGAAUGUACAGGUAGUAUGCCUCUCAGAAACACACACACUGGCUCCGGUGGUCCCGCCUGUUGUCUGUGAGAGCCCUGCACAGCUGCGUUAGCUCGUUAGCUUCAGCAGGCUAACGCAAACGUUAACCACAGCUACGUGGCUGGCUUCCUCCGCUCGCAUCCCCUAUUUUAGUGUUUCUGUUGUGAUGGAUGAGGAUUUUUUGCUCGCUAUUCGUCUUCAGGAGCAGUUUGACAAUGAAUACGAAACACCGUCGUAUUCAUCAAACAGCUUUGAGGAGAAUGGCUUCGGACAAAGUAGUAAGAAACGCAGAGUGGAGGUAGCUGGAGGUGGCAGCGGUGUUGUUCCCUACUGGAAGCCGAAAGCCCAGCCCGAGAGGCCGCUGUCCAUCGUGGACGCGACCUGGGAGACGCUGGACCCCAGUCCUGAUGUUAGAGCCAUGUUUCUGGAGUUCAAUGACACGUUCUUCUGGGGGAAACUCUGCGGUGUCGAGGUUAAGUGGAGCCCCAGAAUGACACUGUGUGCUGGUGUGUGCUCUUAUGAGGGCCGAGGUGGUCUGUGUUCAAUCAGACUCAGCGAGCCCCUGCUGAAGCUGAGACCAAGGAAAGACCUGGUGGAGACCCUCCUUCAUGAAAUGAUUCACGCGCUGCUGUUUGUGACCCAGAACAACAGAGACAGAGACGGUCAUGGCCCUGAGUUCUGCAAACACAUGAACCGGAUCAACGAUGCUACUGGGACAAAGAUUUCUGUCUACCACAGUUUCCACGAUGAGGUUGAUGUGUACCGGCAACACUGGUGGAAAUGUGACGGCCCCUGUCAAAACCGCAAGCCCUAUUUUGGCUUUGUGAAGAGGGCCAUGAACCGGGCUCCGUCUGCUCAGGAUCCCUGGUGGGAGGAACACAAGAGGACUUGCGGAGGGAACUACAACAAGGUUAAGGAGCCUGAAGGAUACGGCAAAAAAGGCAAGAAGGAUGGUAAAAAGGAUGGGAAGACUUUAGAGAAGAAGGCCUCAGGAAAGGAAAAGCCUUCAAGUACAACCACAGGCUCUGGAUCACAGGACAUAAGGAACAUCAUCCCAUUUAGUGGAAAAGGCUUCCUACUGGGAGCAAUGUCACAGUCGUCCACGUCUUCCUCUCCAUUUCAAAAACCUCAAGUACCUUCUUCUCCAAAGAAACUCUUCACCCCUUCGUCUCCGGCUAAAAGUCCCAAUUCUCCCGCUAGCGCCUUUCCAUCCAUCAGAUCAGCUACCUCCACGGGAAAGAAGCCACCUAUAAAGAAGUCUGUCGGUAACAUAAGAGCUUUUAUCAACAUCAAUGGCUCGCCAGUGAGAAUCCCCAAACCCUACAGCAGCAGCCGUAGCCAAGAAGGGGAUACAAUCAAACAGACUUCCAUUGAAGAGCUCUUCAACAGUAAAAGCAUCAAGAGGUCAGCGAGUCAAUCCUCCACCUCGGACACAGAAACGAAAAGCGAUUCUUUGACGUCAUCGAACAGUACGAUGAGUGUUUCUGCAGCUUCCAUCUUUCCUAAACAGCAAAAUAACCACUCGGCUUCCUUCCACACAACAUCUAAGCCUAGUCCUAGUAAAUCUAGACAUUCUGUGGUUUCAACAAACACCAAAGGCAGCCCUACUCAACCGACACAGUCCCAGUAUUUUAGUCAUUCUAAUAGUGACACCACAUCAGGAGCUUCUGCCGCUGGUCAGGCAUCGAGGAAGAGGCCGUGGGACGACCACAGGAGCUCAUCCAGCAUCUUUGACUUCUUCCAAAAGACAUUAGGCAGCGAUUCAGCAGCGUCGAGGGAGUCAAUAAAGACAAAAUCGCCCGCAAUGCAGCAAAGAACUGCCACUGUCACGGCCUCCUCCUCGUCCUCAUCUUCCUCCUCUCUACAUUCCUCUGCAGCGCUGCACAAUUCUACCCCCUCCUCAUCCUCGUCCUCCUCCUCUGCACUGACGGUCAGCUGUCCAGUAUGCCAAGUUAAGGUGCCGGAGUCAAAGAUCAACGAGCAUCUUGAUUCCUGCCUCUCCUGAAUGAGGAGGUGCAGAUGGAGACAGUGAAAGGGAUGUUGCAAUAAUACCAAGUUAAGUAAUGUCCAGAGAAGUUUUAGGGUAGAGUUUUAGUGAUUUUUAUCUGACAUUGAAUCAAUCUCUUUUUGAGUUGAUCAACUCUACUUUGAGAUCUAAAAGUUUCGCUUUUGUCUUUAAAAGUGUGGUUGGACACCGUUUUUUACUACCAGACUGGAUUGUUUACUUUGUGGUUCUUCUCUCACGAGUGCCUAGCUGACAGUUUGUGCCUUAGUGUACUAAGGGCUAAGCGUUUUUUAGCAGAUAAUGUAAGUGAAGGGAUUUUUAAUUGAAUUAAUGACGUCUUUUUCAUCAGGCAAAACAAAACAAACAUCAUUCUAGAGAAUUCUAUCUGGUGGCAAGUACAAGUUUGUGUCCCAGAAACUGCUUGUUUUAACGAUUUUGAGUAUUUAAUUGAUGACAUUUUCAUACUGAUCUUCUUUUUAUAAAACUUAUUGAAAGAUAUAAUAGUAGUUUUGCAGUGAAGCAACUGCUGAGAGUUAAUUUGAUCGACAUAAUGUGAAAACAAUCCUACUCUGGUUUAAAUCUAGAAGCUGCUGUGGUAUGUGUGUAGAAAGGCUAUCUUAGCCUCCUCUGGGGGCGGAUGUGCUGGUGGGUUGCUGUAGUCUAAUGUAUUCACCUCAAAUCUAAAUCUGUUGCCCUUCAGACAGCAGGAGAGACUGACUGACCUCUGCUGAUCUUUGGGAAUCAGAUUUCAAGCUUGUCAGCUAUUUGUUUCUGCAUAACAUUGCAUUUACACUGCAGGGACAGGAACACUGGUAUCUGAUUGUGCCAAGUCAUUCAGUAAUACUGAGGGAUGGUUACGUGCUUUUCUCGACAUUUUUAUGGAAAGGAAUAAAGUACAAAAUGCUAAUUUUACUGCUACAACAUGAGAAUUUAUAUAUGUAUGUUCCACUUUUACAUGUAUGGUUUUAAGGACAUUUUUACAAAUGUUUAGAUUUUGUUGCCAAAUAAAAUAUUUAUA